AUGAAGCCAAUGUUACUGAUGAUGCUGUUUGCAUUCUCAAUCAACAAAAGGGUGUUCUAUAUCAACCUGAAGGAUGUCAAGUCUGGAAGUGACUUCCUGAGUCAAUUGUUUGAAAAGUCAGGCAUCCUCAAUACCAUAUCAAGUACAAAAAGCAGUCUUGGUGAGUCACCAGAUGCUGCUGUACCUACAGGACAGGAUGAUCAAGCAGAACAACAACCACUUGAUCAAAAACCUGCAGAUCAAGCUGAUGAACCAAAAUCAGGCAAAGCCAAACAAGAUGAGCAACAAGCAUCAGAAAAGACACUCUCAAACAAAAAAGAUACAUCAGCAGAGCAGAGCAAACAAAAGACUGAUCAAGAAACACAAGCUACUGAUGAACAAAAGGUUAAAGAAAAAGAAGCACAGAAAGUAAAAGAUAAAGAAGAAGAAGAAGCUGAAGCUGAAAAGAAAAAACAAGAAAAGCAAGCCAAGGACGAACAGAAAGCAAAAGACAAGGAAGAACAGAAAGUAAAAGAUAAACAAAAACAAGAAAAGACCGAACAAGAAAAGCAAGCCAAGGACGAACAGAAAGCUAAAGAAAAAGAGGAGCAGAAAAAAAAAGAUAAGGAAGAAGCAGAAAAAAAGAAGCAAGAAAAAAAGGACAAAGAUGAACAGAAAGCUAAAGAAAAAGAGCAACAGAAAUCCAAGAAACAAACACAAGAAAGUAAUAAAAGCGAAGCAGACAAAAACAAUCAAUCUGAACAAGCAGAUAACAAAAAACAAGAUAAGCAAAGUGUAACACGUGACAUUAAAAAAGAUGCUAGUAAAGAGCCAAGUACUGUUACAUCUGCAGAUUCAAAGAACAAAACACAAGCAAGUAAUAAAGCUCCACAAACCAAAAAGAACGAUGAAAGCAUAAAUUCAGUCCUUGAAAAAUCAAUUUCAGAUGGUUCAUCAAUUACUACAUCAAGUAUGAACACAUCAAAUAAGAUUCACACAUUAGUUACUAGCAUUGGAAGCAUUGAGUCUAUACCAUCGUCAAUUAUGUCAGAAUCAGUGCCAUCAACAGUAUCUGCACCUUUGAUCUCAUCAAUGUCACUUUCUUCUGCAUCUAUGAAUUCUAUGACCUCAUCAAUAUCUUCAGCAAUUAUGUCUUCAAUGGCAUCAGCUUCUAUUAUGUCACACAGCAUUUCUGCUGCUCCUCAAUCAACGAUAUCUUCUCUGAUGAAAAAGAUGCCUGAAAUAGAAAAAGUUAAGGAGCUCAGCCCGUCAGACAUUAAUAAAAUCUUGGAAAGUUGUGAAGACUGCGAAAGAGUCGAUCAGGUGUUGGUAUACAGAAAUGGUGAUUCUUUCACGGACUACUCCGGAAAUAUAAAAUUUGAAGAACGAGAUGGAAAGCUAGUCGAUGCAUCAGGAUUGUUCAUUGGCAAAGACUGUGGAUGCCCAAAAGAAGAGAUUCCAGAAAUGGGCAAACUAUCUGAGACAGGAUUGUAUCAGGAUAAACAGGUUAGCAGCCAGAGCUGCCAGAAACAAGCAAAUGCCAUUGAAAAGAUAUACUCUUCAGUGGAUGUCAUCCAGAGUCAAAGCAUGGCAAUGUCUAUCCAUUCAGAGUCCACUUACUCAAGUGUGAUGCCAAUAUCGAAUACAACAGGAAGUGCAUUAUCUGGGUCUGUUUCAUCUUCCGUUAGUAUUCCAAGCAGUGUGUCCAGUAAUACAUCAUCAAGUAGUUCAGGUUCAAGCGGUACAUCUCCUUCAAGUAUUUCACAAACUACAAGUGUUAUGCAGUCUUCACCAGCAACAAGUGCAUCCUCCACAUCUAAUGCUACACAAACAUCUAACAUUGCACAGGCAAGUACGAACAAUCAACAAUCAACACAACCUGUCGCAAAUACCAAUUCAGUAAUUUCAAACAGUCCACAGGCGCCAUCACCUAGUGUUGCAAUGCUGCCUGAAACAGUUCAGCAAGCUCCAGUGGCAACUAUUUUAUCACAACCCAGUAAUAUAAAUGCACAAGCGAUUGAAUUGCAGGAUACAAACAAAGGCUCGCAUACACAAAAUAAGCCAUGCAGUGUAUCACCAAGCAUAUCCAUUAAGGCCAUAAAGGUUAAGUACAAUGACAGUUGCAAGGAUGAAUCUGAUGUCGAUGAUUGUAAGAAGACGAUUGAACCUGAAAGAAUAAAUGAAGUAACAAUAACAGCACCACCAGAGACAAUAACAAAAACCGAAAAGAUUGAGCUUCCUCCAACUACAAUUAUAAAGGAACUGACGAUCGUCAAGCCACCAUGCACCAUUGAAAAAGAAGUGAUAAUCACACAAGAGAUUACACAAGAACCAGAAAUAAUCGUAGAGCAGAAGACUGUAAUUAAGCCAACAACAAUUGUUGAAUACAAGACAAUCGAAAUCACAACCACGGCAACAGAGAUCAUGCAUGAGACAACAACAGUUACACAAACAAAGGAAGCAGAAGUUCCUAUAUCGACUGUUUACGUGGAGGCAUUAAGGAAGACAAAGAUACCUGAUGAGGGAUAUGUGAAAACGAUCAACACCACUAUAAUACUUGAAGAUCCUGAGGAGAUGCCUGAAGAGAUAGAAUGUGAGGAGGAAUGCGAAUGCCAGGGAGAUAAAUGCAUGAAUCCAUGUGGCAAGAUACGGUGUGUGUCUUCUGAAUAG